UUCUUUCCAACCUUUUCAUCCUCAGAGCGACACAGAGAAAUGGAAUACAACAUUUCACUCUCCAUUUUUAUGAUUCAUUGAAUACUCAUCCCACACUCUCCCAAAUCUCAAAGAUCUCCUCCUCACAUUCUCUCCAAAGAGAUUUUUAUUUUUAUUUUUUAUUUUAUUUUAAUGUUAAUGCAUUUUUUUCAGCCAUGGGCUUGAAGAAGAAACUGGCUUUUCCAGAGCAGUUUCUGUGGCUGAAAACGAAGGUACUUUCUGGGUUCGGUUUGGGAGUUGUAGUUUCUGUCCUUGCUCUCGCUGUGCUUUUGCUUAGCCACUUUCUAAAGGGUCCUUCUGUGCAAGGUUUCCAGAGUGUUACUGUGAAUAACUCUCACACUUCUUCUAAUGAAAAUGUAAAUGUUGAUGGGAAAGUUCCGGGUUUGGUGAAUACCCAGUUGUCGAAUUUCACCCAGGAGGUUAAAAAUGGAAGCUCUGUAGUUGAAGAGAAAACCCUUGAUGGGAAUGCAAGUUUUUCUGGCAAAGAAGGUGCGGUUAUUGAGAAAACUAUUGCCUCCACAUCUUUGAGUGACUAUGGAAAUGAGGAUAACAAUGGCGGGCAAAAGAAUAGUAGUUUGGGCAAUGUGUUUGAUAAGCAAGAAGAAAAGGCUAUUAUGGAGGCUAGUCGUGGAGGAAAUUGGACCGAGGAAAACAGUUUAAGUAUUGCCAAAGUUUCUACUAAUGAAUUUGGGAGAGUUCAGAAUGAUUCUUAUGAGGACUGUAAUAUAUUUGAUGGUAAUUGGGUUAGAGAUGAUUCGAAGCCUUAUUACCCUGGUGGUUCUUGUCCUUACAUUGAUAGGGAUUUUGAUUGUUACCUAAACCGGAGGCCGGAUGAUGGAUAUGUAAAGUGGAGAUGGCAGCCAUAUGGGUGUGAUAUCCCAAGUCUUAAUGCGACGGAUUUUCUGGAGAGACUGAGAGGAAAGAAGUUGGUGUUUGUGGGGGAUUCAUUGAACAGAAACAUGUGGGAAUCCUUGGUGUGUAUCCUCCGCCAUAGCGUCAAAAACAAGAAGAGAGUUUAUGAAAUCUCUGGAAAGACUGCAUUCAAGAAGAAAGGUUUUUAUGCAUUCAGAUUUGAGGACUACAAUUGCACAGUGGAUUUUGUUGGUUCUCCAUUUCUUGUUAGAGAAUCAUCAUUCACUAGGAAGAACGGAUCGUUCGAGACGCUGAGAAUAGAUUUGAUGGAUCGGACUACUUCAAUGUACCAUGAUGCCGAUAUCAUAGUCUUCAAUACAGGACACUGGUGGACACAUGAGAAAACAUCAAGAGGAGAAGAUUACUACCAAGAAGGCAACCAUGUGUAUCCAAGAUUGAAGGUGCUAGAAGCAUACAAGAGGGCACUUAAAACUUGGGCCAAAUGGGUUAAUAAGAACAUUGACACAGCUCGGACUAAAGUCUUCUUCAGAGGAUAUUCAGUUACCCAUUUCAAAGGAGGGCAAUGGAACUCAGGAGGACAAUGCCACAAGGAAACAGAGCCAAUUUUUAACAAGACUUACUUAGGAAAGUACACUUCAAAGAUGAGAGCUUUUGAUAAUGUGCUCAGAGAAAUGAAGACCCCAGUUAUAUAUCUCAACAUAAGCAGGCUUACAGAUUACAGGAAAGAUGGUCACCCAUCAAUUUACAGAAUGAUAUAUAAAUCAGAAGAAGAACAAAUGGCUGCUGUGACAUCUCAAGAUUGUAGCCAUUGGUGCUUGCCUGGAGUCCCGGAUACUUGGAACGAAUUGUUAUAUGCUUCUUUAUUAAAGGCCAAGUGGGGUUCUUAGGAAAAGUGAACCAAUUCCUAUACUAAUUAAACCACACGUCUUGAUGUAAAUUUCAAUUAUUUGAUUAUUCGGAUGAUGUGUAUAUCGCGAGCUUUUAAUUGGGAUUAGUGUCGUUUUAGCUCAGUUGGUGUUUAGUGGAUGCAUGAGUUGCUUUCAA